UGUGCAGUGUAAGACUCUUCAAACACGUUUGGAGCUCGUAAGUAUUUCUGAACUCUCGCACCAGUGACUGCAAUCAAGUAUGUUGAGCCUAUGCUUGUGAUUUAUAAAUCCUGGCUUUUUUUGAUGUUGGGCUUACUUAAGAAAUGAAAUUCUAAGCAUAUAUAUUAUCGCGUCCUGAUGAACAUGACAACCUUGUCAGUCAACGCCAACAGCAGUCGCCUGACGAGCAGUAGAGACGAUGGACCGCGCAUCCCGUGUCUCUCAGAGCGGUGGUGGGGUGGAGGUGGAGGGGACAUGCGCUACCACAAGGGGGGUUUGAGCGCCCUCGCCUCACUGCCGUCCCACCUCUUCGACAGGGAGGGCCUGCUGCUGCUCAGAGAACGCAGCGACUCCUUCUUCAGGAGGGCUGAAGUGAGCUGCGAGCGAUGGUGUCGGCUGCGCGGCAAUUUGCUCUUCUACCUGAAGAGUCGCGACCACUGGUCCGAGGCCUGCGGUGUUAUAGUGCUCGAGCACUGCAAAGUUACUGUAGAGGACAGCGCCCCGCAUGCCUUCACUAUAGUGUGGGGAGGCGGGGGUGGUGGCCAGGUGUGUGAGGCUGCCAGUCAGGCUGACAGAGACGCCUGGGUGACGACCAUCACACGCUGCGCUCCUGCAGCUCUCACGGCGCAGCUUGCAAGCUUGCAGGAGGCAGUCGACAGCAAGAAGGCGUUUCUCGACGCUCGUAUCGCUUCUGCUUCUAAAGCUGGGACAAACAUACACAGCAGCAGCAGCGGCCGCUUGGAACUGUCGCUGUCCUGUGACAAUCUGCCGUGUGUGGGGGCCAGUCUUCCUCCCGUGGCCUGUGCUGUGGUGCAGCUCAUGCCACGUGAUCAUCACACGUGGAACACGUGCCAUACAACUGAGGUUAUCAAG